AGGGCGUCAGGAGCUGGCAGCCUGCUCAGGAUAUUCCCUGGAAGGAGUAAUGGCUGGCGAGGAGUGACGGUGGGGGGGGGAGGUUGAGAGAGCACUCAGACACAGGGUAGCCUGAGACUCUAAGCACCGGCACUGCCAUGGAGCCAAGCACCCAGGUUCUGGAGCUGUUGGGGCUGAUGCUGUGCGGGGGGGCCUGGCUGUGCUCGCUGGCCACCACGCUGAUGUCCUGCUGGCUGACGCUGUCCACCGAGCUGCUGGCCACCGAGACCUAUGAGCUGGGGCUGUGGCAGACUUGCGUGGUGCAGGAGCUGGGGGUGCUGGAGUGCCGGCCGUAUGACGGUCUGCUGGGCCUGCCCCCCGACAUCCAGCUGGCCCGCAUCCUCAUGUGCGUGGCGUUGGCCGCCGGGCUGCUGGCGCUGCUGUUGGCCAUCCCCGGCAUGCACGGUAUCAACAGCUGCCGCGGUCAGCUGCAGGACCAGCGCUGCAAGAGGGGGCUAAAGAUGGCCGGGGGGGCACUGAGCAUGGCAGCCGGGAUCCUGGGGCUUGUCCCGGUGUCCUACAUUGCCCACCUUACGGUCCAACGCUUCUUCGACGAGUCGGUGCCCGAUGUGGUGCCGCGCUGGGAGUUCGGGGACGCUCUAUUCUGCGGCUGGGCGGCGGGGGUUCUUCACCUGGGGGCCGGAGCGCUGCUGCUGACUUCCUGUUUGUGUUCGCAGAAGGAAAACUGUAACACACCUGUCCACGUCCCCCUGGUGAGGGUGGGGGCACAGCUGGGGCGAUCCCCCAUCGGGACCAGAUCUGUGUACGUCUGAGACCACAUCCCAUCUUUAAAACAAAGAACACUUUCCAUUUUCAUAAAACCAAUUCAGGCUUCUGUUCCUCCGAAGUGCAAGUGACAACAGAGAAUAAAAAGGUAUGUUUUCUCAAAGAAGUUCUGAAUGAGUUUCAGAAGCUAGAAGAUAAAAGGGUCCAUUUUAAGAUCCUUAUUUAAAUUUUCACAGGCAAAAUUACUAUUUGGAUAAUGGAUGAAUCAGUUUGAGUCAUUUUUUUAUGGGAAAACAGAGAAACUCUUGGCAUGUCAUCUUGUUAAAUGUGAGUAUGCCCUAGUUAGUCUGUCCUCUGGGACAGGAAACUUGAAGAGAAGAGAACUA